CGCGUCAAUGCGCACUGGAGACCGGAGACGGAGCAAGGGCACCCAAACCAUCCGCCUCAUUUACAGAGAGGCUCAUACUCCCCCUCGAGAUCACACUCAGCGGCUCGCUCCCUUCCACGGAAACUUCGUGUGAGAUACGAGGUUGGAUUAUUUUAUCAGAAAGGAUUCGCCUACUGAAAUAGGUUACAAGGCUCUGUGACUGGACGAGUGGUCUCUCUCGCUUUCUCUCUGGCUUUACAAACGCAACUCAACUUGGGUGAGAGAUUCAGACCUGGAUUUGCUCCCUGGCUCGCUGAACGAGGCUCAUCUCAACCCCGGCAGACCACAUCCUCUGCAGACUACUGGCAUAUUUAGACGAUAGCGGAUAAAAAGCCUCCGCAUGCCCGGUGGAGAACCCCACUCUGUGCAGUUGGAUCAAGGAUUUUGUGGAUUAAUGCUCUUGAAGACACAGCAGCGAGCCUCGGUUUUCAUGGGAUAAUUGCGAUUGCGUUUUAGGCUUAAUUAGGCCCCAUAUUUUAUAAUUUCCACUAGAGCUAAAGCGCAGUGGUAGAACGCUUUUUAGGCAGUGUUUAUUUGCUGAAAAUCGGCCUGGGGUAUUUUUUUUUUAAAGGGGUCAGCUCACUGCUCUAGGUUGCACAUCACCAAGUGAAAAUUGUAACACCUUCAGGCUACGCGCAGCUGAGUUGCUCCCCAUCGCUAUUAAUGAUUAUAUUCUGCUAGAUUAAUCAUCAUACACAAGUCUUAAAUUCCUGAUUGUGAUGGUAAUUUUUCACCGGAGGAAAAGUUAACUGUCCCGUGAACGCUGACUGCUUUUCGGCGAUCUGGUGUGCAGGACACGGCAAAAGAGACUGGCGAAUGAUACAGAUUUCCUCUGCUUGUCCAGACCCCAGUUUUUCCACCGUAUUUUCUCAGGCUGCUUAUCAUCGCCUGGACUCGGAUCCCGGAAUCUUCAUGAUUUGCGGACACAAUGCUCGUUUUUUAGCCGGGAAACCCUCUUUUCGUCCCGCAUGUUUAGGACCAAACGAUCGGGGCUCGUCCGGCGACUCUGGAGGAGCCGUGCGCCCGUCGAGGGCGACGGGGAGGCGGAUAGAGGGACGCAUGGAUCCGGGGGCUGCUGCAUGGGCAAAACGACAAAGGUGGCCAAGUCCAACGCAGGGUCGGAGGCUGAAUUGAAGGCGUUGACCCACUCGAUACUGAAAAAGAUCAAAGAGAAACAAUUAGAGGUGCUUUUGCAGGCAGUGGAGUCCAAGGGGGGUGCCCGAAGCCCCUGCUUGCUCCUGCCCAGCAAAGUGGACGCCAAAGUGGGUCAACAGUCUUACUCUCUCCCCAUGCUGCUCUACAAAGUGUUCAGGUGGCCGGACCUCAGGCAUUCCUCGGAGUUGAAGAGGCUGUCUUGCUGUGAAUCCUACGGGAAAAUCAACCCAGAGCUCGUUUGCUGCAAUCCCCACCACAUGAGCAGGCUCUGUGAACUCGAGUCUCCUCCUCCACCAUAUUCCCGCUAUCCCAUGGACUAUCUUAAACCACCAGAUUCUCCAGACUCUGGACCCUCAUCCAGUGAAACUGGAGGAACGACUUAUUCGGCCCCUGUGGGGCUUUCAGAUUCCCUGGCGUUGCAGGAGUCUGGCGAGCGGGCCCAUUGGUGCGUGGUGGCGUACUGGGAGGAGAAGACACGCGUCGGGCGCCUCUACUCAGUCCAGGAGCCCUCUCUGGACAUCUUCUAUGAUCUACCUCAGGGGAACGGCUUCUGCCUGGGCCAGCUCUGCUCCGAAAACAAGUCCCCACUGGUGCAGAUGGUGCGAGCUAAGAUAGGCUACGGCAUCCAGCUGACGCGUGAGCCAGACGGGGUGUGGGUCUACAACCGCAGCUGCUAUCCCAUCUUCAUUAAGUCGGCCACACUGGAUAACCCGGACUCGCGCACGCUACUGGUGCACAAGGUGUUCCCCGGAUUUUCCAUCAAAGCUUUUGACUAUGACAAGGCCGGCAGCUUGCAGAGGCCCAACGAUCACGAGUUCACGCAGCAGCCUCGUACAGGCUUCACGGUGCAGAUAAGCUUUGUGAAAGGCUGGGGACAGUGCUACACCAGACAGUUCAUCAGUAGCUGCCCGUGCUGGUUGGAAGUCAUCUUCAACACCCGAUAGCAGCAGCCUUCCUCUUCUUCAGCACCCCUCACAAACAGACUACGCCCACUUCCCCUCCUUUUUUUUUUUGUCUUUUUCCAUGGAAAAAAGGAUUUAAAAGAAGAAGAAAGUAUAAAAUUCUGAUGGACUUUGUUUAAUAAAUGACUAGGAUUUAAUUAAAGAAGCGAAAAAAUGUAUUUUAUGUUAUAUAAAUAUAUUAUUAAUUGUAAAUACGAAGACGUUUUAUAUGCAUCAUUAUUUAUGUAUUGUGCAAUGUGUUGAUGAGAAAAAAAUAAGAUGCACUUUGCUUAAUAUAAA